AUGGCUGGACAUGAAGGCAGAGAUGUGAAGAAGAUAACUGAAGGUCAAUGGACUACCGGUUUAUACGAUUGUUUCUCCGAAAAUAUCUCUACAUGUUGCUUCACAUGGUUUUGUCCUUGUGUUGCAUUUGGGAGGAUCGCUGAGAUUCUUGACAAAGGAGAAACAAGCCAAGGACUUGCUGGGUUAAUGGUGGUAGCAAUGUCUCACAUUGGAUGUGGAUGGUACUAUGCUUCAAAAUACAGAGCCAAAUUGAGGAACCAAUACUUCUUACCCGAGGAGCCUUGCUCCGAUGGAGCCAUCCACUUCUUCUGCUGCUCAUGUGCUCUUUCUCAAGAACACCGUGAACUCAAAUAUCGAGGUCUUGAUCCCUCUCUAGGGUGGCAAGGAAACAUUGAGAAAGGAAGAUCAGAUAGCAAAACGCCGCCGUUUGUAGCGUCCAGCAUGGACCGGUGA